CGAAGAAGAAGAAGAAAUGGCGAGAUUUUCAGUUGGAAGAGAUGAACAUGAUAAUGAUGAAGGAGGACCCUGUAACUCCAGCACAUCUGUAUGCAAGAGACGGAGGACUACCGCCGGAAAUUUCUCUCGCGGCGUCGUAAUCCGUCAACAAGAAGAAGUAGAAGAAAGAGAAAGGGAAAGGGUUGUUCAGGAAAAAGUAGAGGAAGAGGCAGAGGAGAAGGAUUGGGGAUCGGAAUCUGAGGGAAAUUUUCGAUCGAGCGGUGAUCAGAGGGUGCCAGUUCGUGAAUCCGAGGUUUUAAGAGAGAACAGGUCUAUUUCUGGUGAGAGCGUGUAUCAGAAUUUCGAGGAUUCAAUCAAAAACAGGUCAAUUUCUGUGACGUUAUUGGAUCCAGAUGUGUUGGAUUGCCCGAUCUGCUUUGAACAUCUCUGUGUUCCUGUCUUUCAGGUUUCUUCUUUUUACCCUUUUCAUUGCUAUUAGGAGUAUAAGAAUUUAUCUGUGUUGGAAUUAAUUGUGUUUGGAGAAUUCUUAAUUU